AUUUUAAAAGAUGUUCAGAACGCUCGUCAGCCAUUGAUCUUUUUGUCCGAAAAAAUGCCGAUCGAGCUCGAACGAUGGCGCGGUCAGCGAUUGGCGAACGAUCCCUGGGAGGAAAAUGGCAAAAUGGUGUAGUCGUUAAACGGAGCCGAGCCGAGCCGCGGCCACGGCGCGCGCCGCACGCGAGCUGACAUGGCCGCCGAGCCGGCGGGCGGCGAGUUCGUGGAGGGCUGGCUCGUGGCGCAGGUGCUGGGCGAGGGCGCCUAUGGAGAGGUCCGGCUGCUGGUGAACAGCGGUAGCGGCGCGUGCGUGGCGCUGAAGACGGUGCGCGCGGCGGAGGGCGCGGGCGCGGACGCGGACGCGGGCUCGGACGCGGCGCUGGCGGCGGCGGCGCGCGAGGCGGCGCUGCACCGCGCGCUGCGUCACCCGCACGUGCUGCGCUGCCUCGGCGCGCGCCGCGCCCCGCACCACUACAUGUUCCUCGAGUAUGCCCAGGGAGGCGAGCUGUUCGACCGCAUCGAGCCGGACCGCGGCAUGUGCGCGGCGCUGGCGCGGCGCUACUGGCGGCAGCUGCUGGCGGGGCUCGGCUACCUGCACGCGCGCGGCGUGGCGCACCGGGACCUCAAGCCGGAAAACGUGCUGCUCGACGACACUGACCAGGUGAAGAUCUCGGACUUCGGUCUGGCGACGCUGUUCCGGCACGGGGCGCGCGAGCGGCUGCUGGCGCGCGUGUGCGGCACGCUGCCCUACGCCGCGCCCGAGGUGCUGGCGGCCGCCGCGCGCCCCUACCGCGCGCCGCCCGCCGACACGUGGGCCGCCGCGCUCGUGCUGCUCGCCAUGCUCGCCGGCGAGUUGCCUUGGGAGCGCGCACAUGCGUCUGACGCGCGCUUCGCGGCGUGGAGCGCGGGCUCGGAGGCGGCGACGCCGUGGCGCAAGCUGUCGGCGGGCGCGCGCGCGCUGCUCGCCUCCGCGCUGCAUGUAGACCCGGCGCGGCGCGCCUCGCUCGACCGCCUACUGCAGCACCCCUGGCUGAGCGAGCGCCACGACCUGCCCGAGAGGAGCGCCGGUGUCGACGCCCGCACCUGGUGCUCCCAACCGGCCGCGCUCUCGGCUCCGGAGCCGCUCGACUCGCCGGACGGCGACGUGGCGCUCCUCGUGCACUCGCAGCCCGCCGCCGCGCGCGACCUACUGCUGUCGCAGCCCACGCAGGCCACGCAGACGCAGACGCAGCCCGGCGUCGUGGCGCGCCUCGUGCGCCGCAUGACGCGCGUGUGGCUGCGCGGCGACCCCGCGCGCGCGCUCGCCGCGCUCACCGCCGCGCUCGACCGGCUAGCCAUGGCGUGGCGCCGUCUGCCGCACUACCCGCACCUGCUCGCCGUGGAGUGCGGCGGCGACGUGCGCAUGCGCGCGUGGGCCGUGCGCGCGCGCCCCGCCGACGCGGACGCGGACGCGGACCCGGGGCUCACGCUGCUGGAGUUCCGGCGCUCGCGCGGCUGCGGACUCGCCUUCAAGCGCCGCUUCCUGCAGCUGCGCGCCGCGCUCGCGCCGCUCGCCGCGCCCGCGCCCGCCGGCCCCGCCGCCGACCUGGUGGCGCCGCCGCUCGAGCUCACGCCGCGAGACCACGGUGACGACGAGCCCAUGGACACGUACUGAUACUGACACGUAGUGCCAUCGAGGGACCGAAGAGAUACCUGAAUCGUAGUAUUAAGUUUUAUAAAUUAAAUCAACGUUUUUACUUUUUUAAA